AUGUCAAAUGCCUUGAAUGCCAUACUUCCCAUAGCAAAGGAACUGAAGCAUUUUGCACUUCAAACGGGGAUGAGUAAUUAUGUAGCUUCCAAUGGGAAAAUGAUUCAGUUGUUCGACGAAGAAUGGGUGAGACCGAGUGGGACCUCCAACUUUUACUAUGCCCUUGAAGAUUUGCUCCAUGCGAGAUUGACUGGUAAGGUGGCUUGGACUGUGCAUAGACCUGGGUUGUUGAUGGGUGGCUCCAACAGGGCUUUGUUUAAUUUCAUAGGGAGUUUAUGUGUUUACGGUGCUAUUUGUAAACAUUUGAACCUCCCUUUUGUGUUUGGAGGGACAAGUGAGUGCUGGGAAGAGAGUUAUAUCGAUGGCUCCGAUGUGAGACUCGUUGCCGAGCAACAGAUUUGGGCAGUCACCACCGCAUGUGGUGAUGGGGUGUGUUCAUAUGGCCAGGCGUUUAAUGCAAUCAAUGGUUCGAGUUUUACCUGGAAGGAGAUAUGGCCAAUACUGGGAAAGAAAUUUGGAGUUAGAGUGCCGGAAGAGAUGUUUUUGGAGGGUUUUUGGUUUGAAACCGCCAUGGGAGACAAGAAGAAAGAAUGGGAAGAAAUCGUGGUGAAGGAAAGGUUGGUGGAGACAAAGAUGGAAGAUUUGGCGAAUUGGGAAUUCUUAGACAACUUGUUUCGGUUCCCGACCAAACUGUUGGGGUCACGAGCUAAGGUGGAUGCCCUGGGUUUUACGAUGAGAUGCAACACCCUUGAGUCAAUUUCGUAUUGGAUUGAUUUCAUGAGAGAUGAAAACUUCGUUCCCUAGAC